CCCGCGCUCACGGAACACCGCGCGCUCACGGCCCCCGGUGGCCUCCGGUCCCGGGUCAACAGCUCUCGACGCUGAACGCUCGCUCAACUAGUGGUUCCGGCGUUCCCGACGCGACCUGAACGCCUCAUCUUGCCAGGGGCGGGUAGGCGCAAACUGUGCAGCAUGGCGGACGAUGGAGACAGUUCGAGCGGACCAGUUGACACAAACGGCGGGCAGGGGGCGGCGGAGGAGUCGGACGGGCUCGGCUUGGGCGGAAUGUUGCUGAACGUCAGCGCGUUGGUGCUGGUGGUCGCCGUUUGCUUGGCGGCGUACCGGCGGUGGGGCAGGCGGCUCGUAUCCGACGGGGCCCAUGGCGCCGAGGCCCCGACGCUUACCAAGAUGAGGAGACGGGACUUCACUUUGGAGCAGCUGGGGGAGUACGACGGCGUCCAGAACCCCCGCAUCCUCAUGGCCGUGAACAUGAAAGUUUUCGACGUGACCAGCGGCAAAAAGUUUUACGGAAAAGACGGCCCUUACGGUAUCUUCGCUGGCCGGGAUGCUUCAAGGGGCCUGGCCACCUUCUGCCUGGAAAAAGACGCCCUGAGGGACGAGUAUGACGACUUGUCGGACCUCAGCGCAGUACAGAUGGAGAGCGUGAGGGAGUGGGAGAUGCAGUUCCAGGAAAAAUACGACUACGUUGGGAGGUUGCUGAAGCCUGGAGACGAGCCGUCAGAGUACACAGACGAGGAGGACAUCAAGGACCACCUGAAGCACGACUGAGCAGUCCCCCAUCCCACGUACCAAAGCCAGAUGCCCCCCAAACAGCUGUAACUGACCGGCCCGGACCACCAGACGCUCCACCCAUCCUCCAGGCCCCCGUCCAUUUACCCACCGCUCUCUUCUCCAGCCCCUGUCUGUGUACCCCAAACUCUGAACGCGUCUGGUGCUGCAGCUGCUUUGGAAGAGAAGGACUAAAGUCUCGGCGACCAGACCUCCUCCGUCUCUCUCUCUCUCUCUCUCUCUCUCUCCCUCGUCAUCGCGUGAAGACGAGAGCACCAACAGAAAGCAAUCAGGAGCCUCUGAGGAGCUUUUUGCUUUUAUUAUUUGAAGCCAACACGUCGUGUGUGUGUGUGUGUGGGGGGGGCUGUUAGACGUAGUGUGAGACAGAAACCCUGAAGCAUCUCGCCGAUCCGUUCAGGUGGGGGGAAGCGUUGAGCGCGGGGUGGAGGUUAGUCGGGAAUCCUCUGGUCAGGGAUAACCAGCGGAGCAAGGCGGGGCGGGAAACACGUCUCUCUCUCUUUUAAUGUUCGGAUUGGCCACACAGCAA